CAGUUACUUACAGGCUCAGUGGUUAGUACAAUUUUCAGGAAUCCGUGACGAAAAUACAAAAAUCGAACGGUCAUUAUUAUAGCUAGUUAAGCCACUCCCGCCAUUUUCUUAAGAACAACACCAUUAAUGGCUUCACUAUCUCCUCAAUCUCUCCCCCUCCACUUCAUUUCCUCCUCUACUUACCGUAAUUAUCAUAAUCAGAAUUUGUUGCUGCUCCAACUACAAGAAUGGAAAAUCAGGUCCUUCACCUCUAACAAACUUAAUCGCCUCAGUUUUACACCCACAUUUAUGCAAUUAAAGAGGAGGAAAACUUUGAUCUGUGCAGUCAGUCAAGACGCUGAGUCGUCAUUCAAAAAGACUGUUGAAGUUGAUAGGCUCAUUGAUACCCUUAGGGAGGCGAGUCCAGGUGAACUUCAAAAGCUUGUGGUCCAAAAUGUCCUUGCUUUCGAUGCUGGUUUCUGGAUACGACUUGCAGCAAGAUCUGAUACCUGCAAAUCAGAGGAUGAUAAAAAAGACUAUGAAGAAUUGGCUGGAUCUGUAAUGAGCAUUGUGCAUUCUCUUGUCCACAAGACUAAACAAAAGAUUGAGUCAGCUACUGACGUUCUCAAGUCAGUCUUAAGACCUGCUAUUGAUGAAAAGGAAGAGGUUACAUGGCCUCCUAGAGAUCCUGAGGUUCUCAAGCUAAUGGAGAAGGAGAUUAGUCACAGGGACCAAGAAGGUCAACUAGAUGAAGGAUUCCUUGCAGAAGUCAGUGCACAACUACGCCAGGCAGUAGAAGAUGGGGAUAAACCUGGACUUGUGGCAAUGCUACAGAAGGUUUUGCAACUCUAUGCUUCUGAGGUUCUCUCAAAACGUAGUUAUGCAAAGAGAGGAGAUGAAAUCUUGAAGGCCGAGCAGUUUCUUGAGACGAUAAUCAAAGCUCCUGAGGAAGAAUGGAACAAGCUUUUGAUUGAUGGCAUAACACUCGGCAAGGGAGAAAUUUCUCCUGAAGAAUUGUAUGCUGUCAUCAACAAAAGAAUUGAGCGGAUGUUGAUCAGAACAGAGGGAGGUUCUUACGAGCAGCGCGUUCUUAGCGAAUAUCUUAAUGGUAUCCAAUCAAGAGCAGAGCAGAUUGUCCAAGUUCUUGAGGGAAAAUUAUAAUAUCAACCAGUUUGAAAUCAUAUUUCACAAGGUAUUGAAUGCACAUAUUCCGAAAGAAGUUUCUAUAUGAAUCAGAGAAAGACGAAGAAUUCGAGAGGCAAGAUGUUAUACAUUCUGUGCCGUGUUGCUGUAUUCAUAAUGUGGUAAUUAUAUCUUCUUCAGGUUGAGAAUAAAUGCAGGUUUUUCUUCUGUAACUUUAUGUUAAGAACACAUUAUUUAGCUCAUAAAAGGCAAAAUUUAAAAGUA